AUGUCAGCUGUCAAAGUGACUAAGGCCGAGAAGAAACAGACAACUCCACUGUGGAGCCUAUUGGAUGGGUACAGGCAGAUUAUAAUCAGCAACACAAAAGCCGAUUCGACCCAGCGCGCAAACCAUUCUUCUAAGUGGCUUAACAUUCCAACAAAGAUUAGGAUAAAGCCCCUCCCAUGUGGGCUUGCGAUUCUCCCUGUCUAUGACAAUGGAUCUGUCUUAAGCCCAGAAUUACUCGAUCUCACGAAAGACAACCUCGCUGACAAGUUUGCAGAUGGUGUUUCUAUGGUUGCUUCGCUAUCCUUCACCCUCUCUUACCCAACUCUUGUAGCUGCGCUUCACAUGUUCGUCAAUGCCUACAAGAACGUCCUUGUUGUUGUUGUUAUCUCUGUUGUAUCUAUUGAGAACGCUACUGUUCUUGCCUUUGAGGAAAAAGGGAAAAAGGACGAGCCUGUCGGCGAAUCAGACGAUGACUUGGGCUUUAGUUUGUUUGACUAA